CGGGAGCGGCGGCGGCGGAGCGGCGAUGAGCGAGCGCAGCCCCGAUGAGUCCCCGAGCUCGGUGGAGGCCCCCGGCGGGCAGGAGAGAGCCAAAGCCGCUGACCCCAAGAAAGCGGAGGAGGAGGAGGAGGAGAUCGACAUCGACCUGAGCGCGCCCGAGACGGAGAGAGCCGCGCUCGCCAUCCAGGGGAAAUUCCGCCGCCUCCAGAAGAGGAAGAAGGAGUCGGGACCCUGAGAGGCUACGGGGGGGGGGGGGCCGGGACCCCCUGCCCGUUUCGGGCACCCGGUCGUGCACGCGGGCACGGCCCCAACCUGCCCUGUGCCGGGGCUGCCCCGUCCUCAGCGAGCGGCGCUGGAGGGGGGGGGCCCAGCCCUUGCCCACCCCUUGCCCACCCCGGAGCUGUGGGGUCAAUGUGGGGGGGACACGGGGGUGUCCCAUGUCCCCCGGUGUGGAGGUGGCCCUUGUGCAAGGGGAUGGCGUGGAAAUCCCCCUUUUCCCCGGGGCAGCCCCGGUUUCCCCAGUCCGUGGUGGUGCUGGCUGCUGGGAUGUGCUGGGAUGGUGUCCCCUGAGUGAGGGACCCCCGAGGGACCCCCCCAUCCCCUCCUGGGUGGUGGCAGGGACAGUGUGGCGGGGGGGGGGGGGACGGGUCCUGUUGAAGGCCACCAUGGGAAAACCUGGGGCUCCCCAGCACACGGGUGCUCCCUGUCCUUGCACUGUCCCCUCCCUGUGCUCUGUCACCGCGUCACCGUCCCCUGUCCUGUCUGUCCCCCCCCCAUCACCAGGGGAGGGGGCUCGGAGCAUGUGUAAAGAAUAAAGCAGUGGGAGAAGAG